AUUUCAUUUUACUAAGUUUGCUUGCCUUUCAUCUAUGUCGCGCAUUUCAAAAGGUUGUAAAGUGGGUGUUUCGGUUUUCCAACACACUUCGUUCUGCGACAUGAUAUUUUCAUUUUUACCGCAAAACAACCGGUCGCCAUAUUGAAAGCUUGUCGUGUAUCCAAUCGUGUAGACCACCUGAUUCAAAAAUCAAAAUGCUUUACAAGGACAAGGUCCAAAAAUUAAAAGACAGAGAUUGACUUUAUUUAUAAAAUGCCAGUUUUUGGCCGGACAAGACAACAAUGUCAAACCAUUGGAUUGGUUGCAGGUUCUGCUGUUACUCUCUUUCUUGCAAAAAAAUAUGGACCGCGUUUUAUGAAGUGUUUGCGUUUUUAUUUGCAUCAAAAACUGGGCAAUACCGCACAUGUCCAAGACAAGAUCUCGGGCGAGACACCAGCUUUUAACUUGGAGUUUUUAAGACAAGUUUUAAAACUUUUAAAGAUUUUAAUUCCUCGCAUUUGGUGCAAAGAAUUCGGGCUGUUAGCUCUACAUUCAGCGUGUUUGGUAAUGAGGACAUUUUUAUCCAUUUAUAUUGCUACCUUGGACGGUCGUUUAGUUAAAACUGUUGUUGAAAGAGAUUUCACAGCAUUUGUUAUACGUCUUUCACAAUGGCUUGGAAUGGCUCUGCCUGCUACUUUUACAAAUAGUAUGCUCAGAUAUUUGGAAAGUAAGCUAGCUCUUGCGUUUCGAACAAGGCUGACUGAGUAUACUCACAAUUUGUACUUUUCAAGUCAAGUGUAUUACAGAGUUGGCAAUCUUGAUAACCGUAUUGCAAAUGCAGAUGAACGGCUGACAGAGGAUUUGAGAAUGUUCUGUCAUUCCGUUGCACACUUGUAUUCUCAUCUGUCAAAACCUCUAUUGGAUGCCUUUAUGGUUUCUCUGACAUUGGAUCGUAUGGCAAGGAGACAGGGAUCAAGUGGACGAUUGCCGUUGACCAUUGCGGCUGUUGUGAUUGCCCUCUCUGGUCAAAUUCUAAGAGCAACCUCGCCGAAGUUUGGGAGACUGGUGGCAGAAGAGUCACAACGUAGAGGGAAUUUACGAUUUGUCCACUCUCGUAUUGUUACAAAUGCCGAGGAAAUUGCAUUCUAUGAUGGUGCCAAGGUAGGGCUAUUCCUUUACCAUUAAUCUCCCUUUCCUUUUAAUCUCCCUUUCCUUUUAAUACCCCUUUUCCCAUCAAUCCACCCUUCUUAUUAAUGCUCCCUUUCCCAUUAAACUCCAUUUCCUGUUAAGCAUUCCUUUCUUGUUACCCCCUCCCAUUAGUCCCCCUUUCCUAUUUAUCCCCCAUUUCCUAUUAAUCCCCCAUUUCCUAUUAAUCCCCCCUUUCCUGUUAAUUUUCUUUUCCUGAUAAUCUCUCCUUUCCAUUACUGUCGUUCCAAUUGAAGUGUUCCUCAAAUAUUGAUUCAAUACAUUACCUCGGGCUGACCAAUUCAUUUCAUCAAGUUCCUCGAAAUAUUCAUACACUUCCUAGUAUAAUUGUAAACUUCCUGUUGAAUAGUUUGAAUGCACCAAUCACCUUUGUUGUUUGUGCAACUAACCAAUCAUAAAUAGAAAGGAAGUGACCAGAAAUGAUCAAAUACUUGGAAUUGGCUCUUUCACAAGAAGUGUAUGAAUAUCUCGAGGAACUUGAUGAAAUGAAUUGGUUAGCCUGAGGUAAUGUAUUGAAUCAAUAUUUGAGGAACACUUCAAUUGGAACGACAGUAAUCCCCCUUUCCUAUUAAUCCCCUUUCCUACUAAUCCCCCUUUCCACUAAUCUCCCUUUCCCAUUAAUCCCCUUUCCUGUUAAUCUCCUUUCCUGUUAAUCUCCUUUCCUAUUAAUCUUUCUUUCCUGUUAAUCUUUCUUUCCUAUUAAUCUUUCUUUCCUUUAAUAUCCCUUUCCCAUUAAUCUCCCUUUCCCAUUAAUCUUCCUUUCCCAUUAAUCUCCCUUUCCCAUUAAUCUCCCUUUCCCAUUAAUCUCCCUUUCCUGAUAAUGUCCCCUUUCCAUUAACCCCCCUUUCCAUUAAUCCCCCUUUCCUAUUAAUCUCCCUUUCCUCUGUUAAUCUCCUUUCCUGUUAAUCUCCUUUCCUAUUAAUCUCCCUUUCCUGUUAAUCUCCUUUCCUGUUAAUCUCCUUUCCUAUUAAUCUUUCUUUCCUGUUAAUCUUUCUUUCCUAUUAAUCUUUCUUUCCUUUAAUAUCCCUUUCCCAUUAAUCCUUUCCUAUUAAUCUCCUUUCCUAUUAAUCCUUUCCUAUUAAUCUCCCUUUCCUGUUAAUCCCUGCCAUUAACCCCUUUCCAUUAGUCCCCUUUCCUAUUAGUCUCCUUUCCUGUGUCUCCUUUCCUAUUAAUCCUUUCCAUUGGCCUUUCCAUUAAUCCCCUUUCCAUUAGUCACGGCACCUGUUAGUCUCCUUUCCUCAUUGAUCUCCUUUCCUAUUAGUCCUUUCCUAUUAUUAAUCCCUUUCAUUAUUUGUUUCCAUUAAUCCCCUUUCCUAUUAAUCUCCCUUUCCCUGUGUCUCCCUUUCCUAUUGUCUCCACUUUCCUAUUAAUCUCCCUUUUCCUAUUAAUCUCCCUUUCCCAUUAAUCUCCCUUUCCUGAUAAUGUCCCCUUUCCAUUAACCCCCCUUUCCAUUAAUCCCCCUUUCCUAUUAAUCUCCCUUUCCUAUUAAUCUCCCUUUCCUAUUAAUCUCCCUUUCCUAUUAAUCUCCCUUUCCUAUUAAUCUCCCUUUCCUAUUAAUCUCCCUUUCCUAAUAAUCCCCCUUUCUAUUAAUCUCCCCUUUCCCAUCAAUCCCACUUUCCUAUUAAUCUCCUCUUUCCCAUUAAUCUGCCUUUCCUAUUAAUCCCCCCUUUCCAAGAUGCCUCCUUCAGGAGGGGAGUUCUUAAGAGAGAAUUAAAUGUAUGCAUCAUCAAGUCUGAAAUGUCAAUAAAAUAAUCCUCUCCCUUUAAUAUUGUUGUCUUGAAUAAAGGUAGAGUAUUCAUUACUAUGGAAUAGCUACCAAUCACUUGCCUCCCAGAUGGAGUUACUCUUUAAUAAACGUCUUUGGUACAUCAUGCUAGAACAAUUUCUGAUGAAAUACAUUUGGGGUGCAGCUGGUUUUGUCAUGGUGGCUUUUCCUGUGAUGUUUGGAAACAGUAAGUAUAUCUUAUUUGCUUUAACCCAUCGAGUGUGUUGAUUGUAAAAUUGUAAAAUCAACCUUGUGCUAUUUUUCAAAGAAACGGAAAAUGAACAUGGUGGUGGCAUAGGCGAAAGAACUCGCUUCUUUACAACAUCAAGACAACUGUUAGUGUCAGGAGCUGAUGCUAUUGAAAGAAUUAUGUCAUCUUAUAAAGAGGUGAGGUAUCCAAGUCACAUUCCAGAAUUCUUGGAAGCUUGUUUAUGUUAUUUAGAGGUUCUUUGUUAUGCCUACAACGUAAUCAGACAUGAUAAUUUUUUCAGAUCACAGAACUAGCUGGAUAUACUUCCCGUGUAUCGGAAAUGAUAACUGUUUUUGAAGAUCUAAAGAAGGGUAAGUAUUGCCGCAGUGUAUCUAAGGCUCUUGACAAUCAACCUUUGUCAGAUGAAAUGAUAGAUGAUAUUGAUGAUGAUGAUAUUGAUGAUGAUAUGGUAAAGAUCAGUGCAGGUCACAGGCAUGGGGAAGUUGUUGAUGUUGCCAGCUUGCCUGGUGGGGAGAUUUAUGAUUCGGAAUAUCAUAUCAAUCUUUCUGAAGUGCCUAUAAUAACACCUUGUGGUGAUGUGGUGGUGUCCAAAUUAUCAUUUGAGGUAUGUAAAUCCUGAUACAUGUAAUGAGCUAAAUCCCAACAAGUGACCUUAAUCUUUAUGUAACAAUUUUCCUUUCUUUGGAAUGUUUAAGUAGUCCUCAGCAGGAAGUGUUGGGCAUUAUUGUUUUUUUUUUAUUGGCAUAUUUGUAAUAGCCUCACAGCCAAGUACCUGAGUGUACGAGCUUCUACUCGGAAGAACGAAAGUAAUUUAGUCAAUUUAAUUUUUGUACUUAAAACUUGUAGCUUCAAGCAAACAUGCAUCUACUCAUCACUGGGCCAAAUGGCUGUGGAAAAAGUUCAUUGUUCAGAAUUCUCAGUGGGUUAUGGCCAAUUUAUAAUGGCAGAAUGAGCAGACCUCAUCCUAAGCACAUGUUUUAUAUCCCUCAGAGGUACAGUAGAACAUGAUAUAAUUUACCAGGAGAUAGACACCCUGUUGUUUAGCAUACUCUCAUUUUCAUUAUUUUAUAUUUUAUGCACUAGUUACCUUGCUAUAUAACGAACAUCUUUGCAACAGAGACCGUUAUUUAAGGCAAUGUGCAAAAGUUCGAAAACAAACCAUGCAAGCAAAAAGCACCAAAACGAGGCUAGUCAGGCUUGUUUACAGUUUGCCAAACCUAGUGUAAACUUCAGUAUUUUUAAUAUUUAAUUUCCCAAAGAGAAUACAAGGUAUUACUAUAUUUAUUUAGUCAUGAAGUAUUUUAUAAGACGGCAGAGAUCACAUUGGUUGAAAUUAAUUUCCGAAUAAAAAAGAAUGACAAUUUUUAACGAAUCGGUCUGUUGUUGCUUCAACUUUUUUAAACGAAAUCCAAAUUCAUUUCCCAUGCAGGCCAUAUAUGACGUUGGGCACCCUACGUGAUCAGGUGAUCUACCCAGACUCCAGGGCGGAUAUGGAAGAGAAAGAUCUGAAAGACAGUGAUUUGGAAGACAUUCUUGGCAUUGUUCAUUUACAACAUGUAGUACGGAGAGAAGGAGGUGGGUUUUCUCGUUAUUUUUAGGAAGUAUUAAUCGAUCAAUUGAAGCAUACGACACUCGAUAAGUUGGCGCCGUAUCAACUGCCUCGUUCUUUAAUAAGUUCCGUUUUAAUGAUCUAGGGGCCAGUUGUUCGAAGCUGCAUUAGCGUUAACCCUGGGUUAAAAUUUAAUCUGCUGUUUUAGUUUAUAUAAGGAAACUCCUUCUGAUCCAGACAAGAUUUCUGAAAAAGUAUAAUUUAUAAACAAACUGUUUUAUAAACAAUAUUGCUUUGAAUUUUAGGUUAACCCAGGAUUGGACUAAUCAACUUUCAAAGCUGAAUUAGCGCUAACCCUGUGUCAAAAUUGAACCCGCUGUUUUUGUUUGGGUACAUCUGCAAAUCCAUUUAGUUCAAAACGUCAAAAAACAAUACAUCUAUUGAUCCAGACAAGAUUUGUGAAAAAUAUCUCCAUGUUUAUAAACAAGCUGUUGGGAAGAUUACUUUAAAAUAUUUCGUUCACCUAGGCAUUCGCGUACCCAGAGCCCUUCUUACGCGUGGUGCGACGAGGGGCUCUGGCCAAAUCCAUAACCGGAUACCAUAAAAAACAUGGUAAGAAAACAAUGUCCGGUGUUAGAACUAGCCAAUCAGAUGCCAGUUCGGAAUAUGGAUUUGGCCAGAGCCCCUCGUCGCACCGCGCGUAAGAAGGGCUCUGGGUACGAGAACGUCGCCUAGGAUGAAGCCAACCUCGUUCCCAGGCUCUUCCCUCUUGUGAAGGAAAGACCAGGGCUUGGGCUGGUCACGUGCCACGCAGAUUUUGAAGCUGGCCGGCUUUUGAACAACCGGCCCCUGGGGACAUUAUAUCCAGGACAUCUUUAAUUCAUGUACUGAAAUGCAUGUCUCAGGACAACAAGACACUUUACAGAACGAAGCAGUUCUAUCACAGGACACAUGUUCUAUACAGCGCUGUGGGCCUAUUGGGGGUCGUAUACUUCAUCUGAUCUGGAUUUGUAGAAUUUCGUAGUCACGUGGAGAACGAGAAAUUACAGUGAGAACACGGACCCUUAGACGAGCAUUUCUGCAUAAUUUUGAAUCUUUACACAAUCUGUGUCGCCAGUUGGCUUCUUAUUAGACCAUUGGGUUAGACAUCGCAGUUUAUUGUAGAAUACUAGACAGAUUUAGAUCGAUGAUGCGGACGUCAAAGACGACGUGAAAAUGGUGUGUUUCAUGUGUGGAUAUGCCACGCUAUUUUUACGUUGUCUUUGACGUCCGCCUCCGCGAUCCACCUGAUCUCCACAUUUGAGAUAAUCGUUGCUUGAAGGGCAUCAUUUCUCACUCUUGCAUAAAUCCGUGGCAACGUAUUUAAACCAAAUUUGUUUUGAACAGGUUGGGAUGCUACAGGUGACUGGAAGGACAUUUUAUCUGGGGGCGAAAAACAGCGAAUGGGAAUGGCAAGAUUAUUUUAUCAAAGGUGUAGUACACAAUUUUGUUAAUGAGAAAUAACCAGCAGUUUUCAUAUUUGAACAGUCUGAGCCAAACAAAGAGGAGUCUUGAGCGAUGGGGGUCCUUGAUAAAUCUCUUCUUCGAUGGGGGGGAGGGUCCUUGAUAAGUUGGGCUAAAUAUUACUGAAAUUUUGCUGUUAAUUUUUUUUGCAAGGCCACAGUUUGCACUGCUGGAUGAAUGUACGAGUGCUGUGAGCAUUGAUGUGGAAGGAAAGAUAUAUCAAGCAGCCAAAGAUCUUGGCAUUACAUUGUUGACUAUUUCACAUCGUGCUUCUUUGUGGUAAGUCUUUACGGAAUAAUUUAUUUAGCCACAAUUUGCAAUCAUUGCCGGUUCUGAAAUAUAUUUCAGAGCUUUUUAGAUUUACCUUAUUUUAUAGCGCAUCCACCUUCUUCAAUUUCUUUCAUAACUGAUCUCACAUACACGAAAAUGAGGAACUAUAGCCAAGAUAACGUACUUUUCAGAGGGGUGUAUUUGGACAAAGCGUUUAUCGUUGUGUCGGACGGUUAUCUAUAAAGCCCUGGGAAUGUCAGUACGCUGAUCUACCAAAAUAUUUACUGUUUACUUUCCAGGAAGUUCCACACACAUUUGCUUCAGUUUGACGGUGAAGGUGGCUGGCGUUGGGAGGUCCUCGAUACUGCGACACGACUAACAUUACAUGAAGAGAAACAACAGCUGGAAUCUCAACUCUCUGGAGUUCCCAAAAUGCAAGAAAGAUUGAAAGAAUUAUGCAAUGUACUUGGAGAAGACUCGGUACUAUGCCCCAAGUAAGGUAUGUUGUUGAAGAUAGAGUUCUCUCAUUCUGUACUCUGUCGUAAGUACCUGAGGUGUGUCACUGCUAUUGGAGAUAGAUUUGAUGAUCUCGGAUUCUGUACUUUCUCGUGAGUACAACGUGCCACUGUUGUUGGAGGAAGCGUUUAAAGACCUUCACUGAACAUAAAUAUGUUUGGAGUGGAUAUUUAAUUUUAUAUUUAAUCAGUGGAUUUUAAUCCGCUGUUAGUAAACUUUGUCUACAGAAGAGAAGAAUUUCUUGCAACUUUUGUGGCUGCAAUAGAGCGGGAAUGAAUAUCGCAAGGGAAUUAGUUCGGAUCUAUAUUAUUUGCAGCAAACAAGGCUGUGGAUUCGUGGAAUGGUUUAAUGUGUCUGUGUAAGCAGACUCUUUUAUUUUUGGUAUAAAUCAAAGUGUUUUUACUCUUUGUUUCGCAUGUGAAUGGUUAACAAGAGUAGUCGGUAUUUGCAAUUUUUCCAAUUCAAUUAAAUGAUAUUAAUAAAAAGUGGAAUAACUAUAUGACUAUUAGCAUUAUAUAAAUCGAGGUUAAAAGUCUUCAAUGUUGUGUGAUUUUUAUAGAAAUUUUUAUUAGUCGUACUGUAUAAAUGUUGCAUAUAUUAAUGUUUGCAGUUAUAUUAAAUUUACGUCGUGAUUAAGUAAAGAGAGCUCAGGGCAGUCCUGGAAAAUGUCUGGUAGUGCCAGCAGCAAUGCUGCCAGGACGUUUUAACAAAAUAUAUUCGCAGGAAAUUUCCUGACAUCUUGGAGGAAAUUUGUGUCAUCUUAUAUACCGGAAUGCCAAAUAAUUUAAGUCGAGUUUGUCUUGUCACAAUGUGUGGCACCAUUCGUUCUUUGAAAUCUACAUAUGCACGAAGUUUUAUAUUUGACUUACACAGGAAAAUAUUAUUUUUGCAUGGAUUUUGGUGGUUUGGCGAAGAACUCAAAAUGGCAAUCCAACAAUGCGUGCUACGGUAAGCCUUAGAACUGCGCAGAUAGUUCGUACGAAAGGAUGGUCCGUCGGUUUGCCGCGUUUAUACAAAGACGAAUUAUCAGUCCAACUAUCCCUUCUUCGCCGACGUUCAUCCAAACUGAUCAUCCGUCUCUAUUGACCAUCCGAUGGAUAGCGCUAUCCGGCAACCGACGUCAGAUAUGCCCCCAAAGCCUAACCACAAAUAUGGCGGCCUUAAUGAACGGGAAACUAAAGUCAAUAUAAAAUUAAAAAUUCAAGUCCCAAAUUUCAGAUCAAAUACAUGUGUACAUUUUACAUAGACUAUAUAUAUCAAAUCGGCAGCAGUAACACAUACAAUAGAGGAAUUUAGAUUGGACUAUAGGAGUACGACUGCAGGGACCACAUUUCACUAGCAAGCAUGGAAUGCAAAGUUGUGGAGGUAGUCAAAUCCCCAGAACACUAAUCAGGGUGUCCACCCUUUGGUGAAGGUGAGAUUCAAGGCCUUUUCCAGGACUUUUAGGUCCCUUUUUCAGUAAAUUCAAGGACCUAUAGAACUGGGAAAAACUUUGAAAAUAGCACGGAUUUGCCCCUCUUUGAUUCAGUUUAUUCAGUAAUUUUAAUCAAAAUCACUAAUGUUAGCACAGCUGGAGGUUAAGGAAAUUAAUUUCAGGACUUUCAAGGACUUCUACUAAUUUUCAAUGACUUUCCAGUCCUGGAAUUUUUUCCUUCCAAUUCAAGGACUUUCCAGGAUUUUCAAGGCCCGUGGACACCCUGGCUAAUAUUAGAGCAUCUAAUUAAAUCAUUAAGAAAUCAAAUCACGCUUUUUUGGUUGGAUUCAGUGAGCUCUCUCUCUCUAAAUAUAUAUCAUCUGGAGCGAGAACUCGAGUCCAAAAAGAGAAGCCAAAAUGGCGGAAAUUGAAGAGCUAUUGGCUGAUUUGGAUGUCGGUUCCAGUCCCUUUCUAUCGUUCCCAUCUGCGCGGUUAACACGAAGCUGGCAAGGAGUGUGCCGAAAUUUCGUAUUUUGACCUCGAUUUAAAAAAUAACACUAUAUGGUUUUGUGAACUGAAAACUUGUUUAGCGAUACUGUCCGUUAGAAAAAACUGAAAUUAGCUCGGGAGAAUGGUAUCUGAACUGUUUUCGACCUUCAUAGCUAUUGGACGUCAAUUUCCACCAUCUUUACUUUUCUCACAGGUCAAUUGCUCCAGAUAUAUAUAGCGCUCGCUGGUUGGAUUAUGGAUUUCCCGACAUUUGUAUUUUUAAAAAAUAGUUUUAAAAACCAUGUUUGUUUUUUUUCUCACCGACCAUAUUUUACAUUUAGUAUUUAUUUUCCGAGCACGACACUCAGAAAUAUAAAAUUUGCGAGAAUAAAGUCAAGCUGACAUGUUGGCUAAACCUUAAACACCACUUCAGUGUUCAACACGCAUUGUCUUGACUUAUAGAUGUACAUGGUAUUAGACAAUUCUUCAUUUUUAUUUUCCCUUCCGCCUUUUAAUAAUGGCGAGCCAAAUCCAUAAUCCAACAAAAAAUAAACGUGGCCUUAAUUCAAGCCCGUUUUCAAAGUAUACAAACUUUCAAUGUUAACAUACGAGUCUUGAAUGUUACCAAAAUGGGCACCAUCCAAUAUAACCCUGACAUAGAUUCUCAUAAGAUGUUGCUUGAUCAAUCAACAACUCGACCUGUGUUUUCACGUCUAACACAUCACGGUUUGGAAAGUCGUUCCCAGUCAACUUAUCACGCACGCGAUUGAUAAUGGAUACUGCUUUCUUAUUCAAGGCUUCAGGCUCGCGAUUUCCGUUGUCCAUGGAGUGUAACUGCUGUAUGUUUGUCGUCAUUUUCCUGUUCGGUACUUCAUGUUGCACGCUUUCUAAGAGAUCCGAGCCACUGUCCGCUAUAGAGUCCGAGCGAGCUUUAGAUUUCUUUGCUUUAGGUGCGGUGUCCAUUAGACGCCAGUUAAGCAGAGGAUCGUAUACAAAUGCUUCUAACACUGCCAUAACACUGUCUUUAUUUUCACGGAGAACGCUCAUUACACGUUGGCAUGUCAGGCGAUAGUUACCAUCAAUGCCUUGAGAAAAAUAGAUAGUGUUUUACAUACCGUAAAUAUUUCAUACAAAAUCAAUGCGCCAAACAUCCAUCACAU